GGGUUAGCAUACAGCAGCGGGUUUGUAUAGAGGCUAGCAUACAGCAGGGUUAGCAUACAGCAGCGGGUUUGUAUAGAGGCUAGCAUACAGCAGGGUUAGCAUACAGCAGCGGGUUUGUAUACAGGCUAGCAUACAGCAGGGUUAGCAUACAGCAGCGGGUUUGUAUACAGGCUAGCAUACAGCAGGGUUAGCAUACAGCAGCGGGUUUGUAUACAGGCUAGCAUACAGCAGGGUUAGCAUACAGCAGCGGGUUUGUAUACAGGCUAGCAUACAGCAGGGUUUGCAUACAGCAGCGGGUUUGCAUACAGGCUAGCAUACAGCAGGGUUUGCAUACAGGCUAGCAUACAGCAGCAGGUUAGCGGCCAAAGUUCAGGCUACACAAGUUGAAACAAGGCACUAUUGUUCAGAGCAGAGGCAGGUUUGUUUCCUCAGCUGAAAAUGCCCGAAGGCCCGACACCAAGGAUUCGAGCUGUAAAUGUCAGCGCUGGUGAAGCACUGGAGGGCUUUAAAGCACACGCUGUCUUCCAAGAAAUUAACAAGAAGCUUCAGGAGGACGGUGAACAGUUUGUGAAGAGGAUUGGAGGAGUGUUUGCAUUUAAAGUGAAGGAUGGCCCAAACGGACAGGAAGCAACCUGGUAUGUGGACGUCAAGAACGGCAACGGCUGUGUUCACAACGACACAGCUAAGAAAGCUGACUGCACCAUUUCAAUGUCGGAUACCGAUUUAUUGGCCUUGAUGACAGGAAAGAUGAACCCACAGACUGCCUUUUUUCAGGGCAAGUUGAAGAUCACUGGGAACAUGGGACUGGCCAUGAAGCUUCAGAACCUGCAGCUGCAGCCAAGUAAAGCCAAGCUGUAGAUGAUGGAGUUUGGACGAAUGAACAGAAUAAAUGAGAUUUUACACAAAAUAAACCCACCUCCUACUUAUGAGAAAACAGUUUGGAAUUUAGAGAAAAGCCAUGAUAAUAGUUUUAUAAUAGUUUUAAUGGAUUCCAUGUUUCCCUGUUUGGUUCAACCAUGAGGGGAUUGGAGGUUGAUUCCACUGGUCUACAGGUCACAUGGUUCCACUGGUCUACAGGUCACAUGGUUCCACUGGUCUACAGGUCACAUGGUUCCAGGUGUGAGUCUCUGAUCCAGACUAAUCCAGUCCUAAAUGCUGGUUGGUUGUAGUUCCACAGAUGCAGUCUGGGGUUAAUGAUAGAAUGGGUUUAAGUCCAGAUGAAUAUUAGUGUCAGAUCUACUUCAAACACUGUCUGCACAUGACAGUACACGGACUGGACAGGUUCUAUCAGUGGAACAUUUAUAAAUCUAUUGAAUAAAUGGACACAAACCAACAUAUGUGUUAGAACACACCAUCAUAUACCUGGAAAACAGCAGCAAACCAGCACUUUGGUCAUUAGUUUAACAAUUAAUCUGAUUAAAAUAUGGAACAUUUCAUCUGAGGAGGAUCAUUUCUAAACAUUAUAGACCAGUGUUACUAGUGAAUAAACUAUGUUUGUGUACUCACCUGAAUAAGACGCCUGAGAAAGUGAUCGUCACUGGAACCACUUUAACCCUUUACUCACUGGACUUAGUUCAUCUAAACUGUGGAAAAAUCUAGACAUUUAUAUUCUAAUUCUAUUUUGUGCAUUUGAUUCUGAUUAUUAUUGUUGAACUCUGAGUAGAGACAGAUGAUCCCUUAUUUGUCAUCAGGUGUGUUGUGUAUGUAUUAUGUAAUGUUUGGAGCAGAUGAUGAUGAUGAUGAUGAUGUGCAUCCACAGACUCUGGUUCAAGUGCCUCCAUCUUUAAAAUGUUCAGGUUUUAAGCCAAGAUACUAAAACAACGUGGAUGUGUUUUUCAUUUUGGCAGCCUGUUGUCUUUUCCUGCCAUUUUAUGAUUGUAUGAUUCUUAAAAGAUGAGAUACUAAAUAAAUUUGAUUCUGCUGCAAGUUU